GUGUUCACGAAUGUCUGUACUAGGGGUUAUAGGUAAGCUCCCCUUAAUGUGCUUACAGCCUUGUCAGAGACUCAGAUGUAUAUUAAGGGUUUAGGAAGAGGAGAUUAGUUCUCUUUUGGGGGUCGCUUAAAUGUUUGCAAGGGCACAAUGCCUGAAUACCAGUGGUUCACCAGGGACUGUUGGUGGAGGACCUAUCUGCCUUGGCAGGGAGAAAUAAAAUAUUAGUAAUAAUAUUAUUAAUGAAAUAGUAAUAAAGCUUACAUUGUUUGGAAUUGGUGUUCUUGGGGCACCUGGGUGGCUCAAUCGGCUAAGCAUCUGACUUUGGCUCAGGUCGUGAUCUCACAGUUUGUGCAUUUGAGCCCUGCAUCGGGUUCUCUGCUGUCAGCGCAGAGCCCGCUUUGGAUCCUCUGUCCCUGUCUCUCUCUGCCCUGCCCCAUUCUUACGUGAGCUUUCUCUUUCUCAAAAAUAAAUAAACAACAACAAAAAAAAUUGCUGGUUUAUGAUGAUCAUAAAAAACAGACUGACCUUUAUUCGGUUUUAUUGUUGGCCUUAAGUUCUCUGUAGACAAUAAUUCCCCCUUCGUGUCAUUCCUAUCUUCCCCCUCCCUUAGCCCCCGGAACACCAGUGCUGUAAAAUAGAGUUUUCCAUAUAGUUGAAAUGGGGAGGGCCGGAAUUGGAGAAUAUCACCAACACCAUCACACCACAGUUUGGGUCUGGAGAGGUGUCUAAUGCUAAUAAGCUUCAUUAGAUGGUGAGUGAGAAGUCAGAGGGUUAGGCUGGUUGGGUACUGCCUGCCCUAAGGUCCCAGCUGAGCUGUCGCUGUGGCAGAUCCUUGGGUUGCUAUGAGCUGCUGGCGCAGCAGGUGAAAAUGAGGCAGGGCCUGUUGCAGUAGGUUUCUGAGGGUAAGUAGGACCUGGUCACACCUGUGUUUCAGAGAGAACUGGGGUGACAUGAGGAAGGCUGACAAUCUAGAUGCAGAAGGACGUGUAUGAGGAUAGAGGAAGAAAGGGCCUGAACUCUGAUGGCGGCAGCGGGACAUAGGAGUCAGUUGUAAAGCCCUUGCUUCCAGAAUAUGAUGGCGAGUCAAGUUGUAAAACCUGAUACUAGAAAUUGCAAGAGACCAAGAGAGCUGGAGCCUCAAAUGCCAGAUAGUCCACAUCUGUCCUCUCUUGGAAAAUCAGAUUCCUCUUUGUCUGAAAGCUCUGGACUAUUUUAUAAAGAUGAAUCCCUGGAGAAAGAUUUGAAUGACAUGAGCAAAGAAAUUAAUCUAAUGUUGUCUGCAUAUGCAAAGAUCUUAAGUGAGAGAGCAGCAGUAGAUGCAUCUUAUAUUGACGAGAUAGAUGGACUCUUCAAAGAAGCCAAUACUAUUGAAAACUUUCUAAUACAAAAAAGAGAGCUCCUGAGACAGAGAUUUACAGUGAUUGCAAACACACUGCACAGAUAAAAUUUGUACUUAAAAUAAGCUGAGAAUUUAAGCCCAUUAUUGUUGUAUUAAGAGAAUGACAUUUAUGCUCUGACACCUCUCUAGUUAUUAAAGAAACUGUGUACCUUAAACAUAGAAGGGGAAACUGCUUGAAUUUCUUUUCUAGAUUUAAAAGGGGCUUUAUGCUGGACAAUAAUAUGAAGUAUGUACCUUUUUUUUUUUGAGGCUUAAAUAUUUGGCAUAUUUCAUAAAAGUGUAAAUUAUUUAAAUUAU